GGUCGGAUGCAGGCUCGUCCAGAGACACGUCAAAACGGCUGGCUGUGUAAUGUCUUUACUUUUGCCGCCACGCGUUCCUGUCGCACUGACGGUGCGUAAAGAACGAAGGCAGGACGCGCAGCGCAAUUGGGAUAGAAACGCCACUCUCCAACGUUCCAAGUUACUUUAACCUCUCCCCGUCUACAAUCUCCAAUGAAGAUUUUGCUUAUUCCGUCAAAUUACUAUCCGUGAGAAUUCGCUUUGUUAGCCAUGAGCUGCUUGGAUGUUAUGUAUCAAGUGUAUGGUCCACCACCUCAGCCUUAUUUUGCCGCAGCGUAUAGCCCAUAUCAUCACCAGAAAUUGGCAUUUUAUUCCAAAAUGCAAGAAGCGCAAGAGAGCAUCAGCGGAGGCAGUUCGUUCUCAAAUCUCCCUGGGCCGACGAUAAAGGAGGAAGACUGCGCGCGAGAGAAGGAUCACCCUCCGGAGGCCGAGUACCUGAACUCUCGAUGCGUGCUUUUCACCUACUUCCACGGGGACAUCAGCUCCGUGGUGGACGAGCACUUCAGCCGGGCCCUCAGCCAGCCAACCAGCUACGUCCACGGCUCGGCUAGCAACAAGUCUGCACGAGAUGGAUUAUUCCCGAUGAGCCAGAGGAGUUUCCCCCCAUCCUUCUGGAACAGUGCGUACCAGCCCUCGUCCCUGAGCAGUGCCUUAGGAUCCUCCUACUCAGACAUACCCUUCCCUGGGGACCCCUACUCCUCUGCCUCUCUACACAGCCACCUCCACCAGGCCACCCCAGAGCCCUGGCACCACUCACACCACCAUCACCAUUCUUACUCACUCGGUGGGGCCAUCGGCACCCAGGGCUCCCCCUACCCUCGACCCAGCAUGCACGAAGUCUACGGCACGCACUUUGACCCCCGCUACAGUUCUCUGCUGGUGCCCUCUGUCCGGCCGCACCGGCUCCCUCCAUCCACUGUCCCCGGACCCAGUGCCUCACCGUGUGACAUUGGGAAGAGCGAGUCAGCCAGCUCGGCCUGGACUGGGGCGUUCACAGGGGCAGGGGCAGACAUCAGCCAGAGCAUCGGCCUCAAUGUGGAUGCAGAUUCUAAUCUCACUUGCAGCUCGACGCUACACCUUCAGUGGCGGAAACAUCCUCAGCUGAAAUGACUCGGAUACUCUCUGCUGGAAAUGCAGUGGACAAGGGGGAGAAUCUAAAACUCUCUCCUACUAAAGAGAAAGGAGGGGAGAAACCAUGCAGGAUUUGCUGGACAGCUUGCCAGAAAUGCUCUGUGGUUUGACUGACAAAAUGUUAUCUGGCCAAGACUGAACACUUUCCUCCAAAGAGGACACUUGUUGAAAAAGAAAAAAAGAGUGAAACUGGAAAGUAAAAAAAUUGAUUUGACGAGAGCAUACUCAGACUGGAAAAACGCUAUUUGCUAUUGUGUUUUUUAUAUAUAUAUAUAUGAAAGGAGAGGAGCAAGAGAAAGGAGCAUUCUCUAACAUGACUGAAGUGAGCAGCGGCUAUUUGAAGCCAUUUGACUCUGUCUUGCUCCCCAGCAGCUGUCAACGACAACUGUUUCAGUACUCAACGGACACACACAAUUGUAGUGUCACUGCACAGUGUUUGACCAGGGGCUCUGGACUUCAUAAAUUGAGCAUUUUGUCAAAUCUGGACCUUGACCCACAGGGAACAACUGGUUUGACUGGUGAUUUUGAGGUGCGGGGUGGACAGGAGGUAGCAGAAGUGGAUAUGCACAACUGUGCUAUGUAUGUCUGUGUGCCAUAUCUGGGCAGUGCUACAGUAUAUGUGAUCUUUAUGUACUUAUUCCCCAUUGUUUUUCAGUCAUCCCAGGUAUAAAGCAAAGUCAAAAUCAAACAGUCAUUAUCCAUGGUAUAUUGUAUUGUGAACAUAUUAAUAUAUUGACCUUUUAAAGUAUUUUUUCUUGAUACAGUUGUAAUGUAAUGUCAAUGUGUUGUAUGCCUCAGCCUGUAAUUAUAAAGCAAUGGGACAAUGUGAUUAAAACUCAACUUUAGAGAUAAAAUGCGUAGUCUAUAGAAUACACAAUUUCAUAGACCGUUAAUUUGACAACUAUCCUGUUUGAUGAUGUGAGUUCUGGU